AGCCAAAGAAAGUCAUUCAUUUUGUUGUUCGAGCCAGACGAGUGAACCGUUAGCAGCAGCAGCAGCAGCAGAAGUUAGAAGAAGAGCCGAGCUGCCCAGUGCAACCAAGUAACCGAGUGAUAAAUAGAAAAGCAAGAAACAAAAAGUGAUCAGUGCAGUGUGUGAUCCGGAGCCAAGACUUUUUGGAUUAUUUGGAUACCGCCAAGCGAUAGCCCCCCAGAAUGCACAUCCCGUCAGCCGUACUCCUAGUCCUGGCUGUGGCCACGGUUCUGUGGACCAGCUGCGUGGAGGGAGCAGCCACCGGAGCUCCUUCGGCCUCGGCCACCACCGCCAAGCCCAAGGGAUUCGAGGCCCGAUCGCUGGACGUCAACUCCAGCGGCGGCGAGGAGGAACUGGACGACUUCGAGACGCAGGCCCAGACACAUCUGGCCUAUCGCCAGCAGCCGCAGCAGCAGCAACGCCAGAUCUACGAGUACAGCGAGGAGGAUCAGGAGGAGGCACCGCGCCAGGUGUACGCCAACCGAAAUGCCAAGCAGCAGAGCAACUUCCUCAAGAUCCAGGGUCAGCUGAAGAAGCCACUGAGCGAGGAGAGCGAGGAGGAGGAGGAGGAGGUGGAGGAGCCCGAUCGUCUGUCCACUCUGCUGAGCAAGUCAUCCUUCAGCUGCACGGACAGGAACUCCGGAUACUAUGCCGACGAAUCUCUGAGCUGCGAAGUGUUCCACUACUGCCAGGAGAGCCAGAAGCACUCAUGGAUCUGCCCCGAGGGCUUCACCUUCCACCAGAUCCAUCUGAUCUGCAUGCCGCCCUCUCACGACAACAUCUGCAAGCAGUCCUCCAAGUACCACAUAGUCAAUGACUACCUGUACAAGCCGAUCAACCUUCAGGAGCACCAGAGCAAGCCCAAUGUUACGCUUCGCUACUCGGAGCGCUACUUCCCGGAGAACUACUACGAACACGAGCGCUACGAUGACGAGGAGGAGGAACUGCCUGCAGCGCCAAGGCCACGCAUUCAGCAGCAACAUCACCAGCAGCAGCAACACCAUCACCAGCAACAGCAACAGCCCCAGCAGCAGCAACAUCGCCAAGUGGUGGCCUACCAGCAACCGCAGGCACAGCCCCAAGUUAGGGUACAAUACCAGCAGCCCCAGCAGCACCAGCAACAGGCUCAGCCUCAACCACAAGUGGUGACGCAGAUCCGCCACCAGCCGCAACCUCAGCCGACUACCCUGGCCUACCGGAAGCCACUGCCCGCGACCACAGUCCAGCCACAAUUGCAGUUGCAUCAGUUGCACCAGCCCCAGUUGCAGCUGCAUCAGCAAAGGCCACAGACGUUGGCGCCGACCGUGACGCCAGCGCCAUACCGCUUCUUCACCGCCGCUCCGCAACUGCAGCACUUGCAGCAGCAGCAACAGCAGGUCUAUCGCACGCCCGAGGAGAUCAACAUCUCGCUGCAGCAGCGCCGACCGCAGGUGUUCAUUGCCACAACGCCGAGGUAUUACGAGGACGAGUACCUCUACGAGCGGAGGAAGUGAGGAGGAUGGCGGAGGAGUGAGCAGAAAACAGUCUUGUCGUUCCCUCGGAUCCACCUCUCGUGUACAUUCCCCAUCUAAGUAGCUUUAAGCUCUCGCCCCAGCUCUCUGUCAGGCCCGAAAAUCCUUGCGCGAGUUUUGUGUACCUAUUUGUAAUAUUUAAUGUCCUGCUAGAAGAAUCCGCCUUCUAACUCAAUUCGUUAAUAAAGGAAGCCACAUUAA